GAAAUCCAGGAGCUAUUGCUGGUAAUGCUGAGACCAGAUGUAUGAGGUGUAUGCUAAUGCACAGAGAGGCUGAGGGCUGAGGCAGAGCGUGUGCCAGAAGUUUUGGUGGCAGUGGUGGCAGGUGUGGGACACGAGCCCAACACACGUCGUCGUCGUCUAACAAACGGACGAAACAUAAUAUACACAGACAGAGAGUCAGAGACAACAAACACACACAUCAACCACUCUCUGCAUUUACAUCCAAACUACAGAUGCACUCACUAGAAGACUGGGAGAUACCGUUUGGUGAAAUAUAUACAGGACCUAGAAUUGGUUCGGGAUCCUAUGGAACAGUCUACAAGGGCUAUUGGCAUGGACCGGUAGCUUUGAAAAAACUUAAAGUCAAUCCGACCUCUGCCCAACUUCGGGUCUUUAAGAAUGAAGUGGCUGUCCUUCGUAAGACACGUCACGCAAAUAUCUUAUUGUUUAUGGGAUGUGUUACUCAUAAAGAGUUAAUAAUAGUUACUCAAUGGUGUGAAGGGUCAUCACUUUACAAGCACUUACAUGUCUUGGAGACCAGAUUUGAAUUAUUGCAACUCAUAGACAUUGCCCGACAAACAGCACAGGGAAUGGAUUACUUACACGCAAAACAUAUCAUUCAUCGCGAUCUCAAAUCAAACAAUAUUUUCCUUUGCGAUAAUAUGACUGUAAAAAUUGGUGACUUUGGUUUGGCAACUGUGAAGACUCGAUGGCAAGGCUCGCGUCAGUUUAACCAACCGACGGGUUCUAUCCUAUGGAUGGCUCCAGAAGUCAUCCGAAUGCAAGACCCAAAUCCCUAUACAUUUCAAAGUGAUGUCUAUGCGUUCGGUAUAGUCAUGUAUGAGAUGAUUACUGGACAGUUGCCAUACAAACAUAUCAACCAUAAGGAUCAGCUCUUAUUUUUGGUGGGACACGGAUUAAUAAAUCCAGACCUUAGUUUGUGUCGAAAAGAUACACCAAAGUUACUAAUUUGUUUAAUACAAGAUUGCAUUCGCUAUUACCACGAAAAGCGACCACUUUUUCAUGAGGCUUUGGAAAUAUUGGAAAAUAUUGAACAAUCGGUUCCUAAGAUUCAUCGGUCGACGUCAGAGCCAAAUCUAAAUACAAGUCAAUUACAAUGGGAUGACUUCUGGGGUACGGUUUGGGUACCGCCUAAAGCACCUCUCAGUUCACCAUUUGGUGCCUUUCCCUUCUUCACAACCGGAGUGGUCUAA